CUCAUUGCGCAUGAUUUUGUUUACAUCAUGGCGGCAAAAGGAAAAAUGAUUCUUGUAGGAACACGAUUUUUUUGUGUUAUAAUUUUCGUAACGGCAUUUACAACUGUAAAAGCAUCUACUACUGUUGAGUCAACAACAUCAACAGCAAAUUUAACAACAGCAGCCGAAACAACAACCACAGAAGCGACAACUACAACUGAACCCACAACAACACAAGCCCCGACAGAGCCUCCAACCACAACGCCGCCUAUACUGACGUUUGACCCGUCCUCAGUCGCAGCUAACAUAGAUUUAGGUCGAUGUUGGUGUGAUGUCACUGGAAAUGCAUGUGACAUUAAUUGUUGUUGUGACACUGACUGUGACCAGGCAGACAUUACUUCCUUCGACAGGUGUAAAGAGUCACCUAUCAGUGUGGACUCCCAGUAUUGUGUACAGGAGGAGGUGAUUCUGACAGAUAAUUCAGUCUACACGUCACAAAAAACACAAGAUGGAUUGUUUUGUAUUUACAGAGAUAACAACCAAGCCAGAAACUACUAUUCCAUCCCUGAUAUGAUCAACUCAUUGGACACAUUCAAUUUUUACAGAGACAGAUAUGCAUCCUUUACUUAUUCCCCGACAGUAUCAGCUGACACAACAUACGCACAAUUUUAUAAGGUUGGUGAUCCUGUGUUUGUGGUGUAUGAGGACUUAACCUCUGGGUACCUGACCAUCCCACAGGGAGAACCCAACUGUCAGAGCAACAACCCAGUCUCAUACUUGGUGGACCAAAGUUUUAAGUGUACGCGACAGAUGAGGACGCUGGAUGCAAACAGCUGUGAGAAUACUCCAUACCUGAACGCAUCCAGUUACCUGACAAGUGUUCGAAUAGUGAAGACACCAUAUCUUUUUACUUGGAUAAUUAAUGGAACAGAGGUAACGACACCGAUACCAACGACAACAACAACGACGACAACAACAACUCCAGCACCAACCACAGUUGCCGUAACAACAUCCAAUGACACUAAUUCAACAGCUGAAACAACAACUACAACAACGACAACAACUACGACACCAACGACGACAACUACAGUUCCAAUUACCACCACCGUUGUGGUGACAACAGGUCCUGCUGUUGAUAACGUAACACUUGUGGAUAAUGUUACCAUGGUGACAGAUGAAAGAGAGCAGCGCUCCCUGUACAAUAACUCCUACACAAUGGAGUUUGAGAUGGAGCGAGUGGAGUGUGUGGAUGGAAACGGACUGGUGGUGGACUGUUCCUUCAACGCCCCGUCAUUCAACGCCUCCCACUGUAAUAACGCGGUUCUAGGAGUGGAAUAUCACAUUACGCAUGACGGAUCAAAUGGGAUCACAAGGGCUGGUGUGAGACUGUUGUUAGGGUCCAUACAGGCAUCCGAUCUACCCCUCACCCAGACCUAUGGCUCAAGUUUCACCUCAGUCAAUGAGGUGAAUAAGACAAUCACCGAGAGGAGUGGUAACCCUGGUUACAUCGUCGGGAAACCUGUCCGUGCAGGAGUGUUAGUCCAGAACUCUACGCUGGCAUUAGGGGACCGCUAUGCUAUCGUGGAGGACAUGUAUAAUCUGACCAUCAUCAGGGGGUCCGCCACAGGAACCUGUCUCACUGACUCGGCCAACAGGGAGCAGAUUAACUUUGGUAUCAACAUGGUGUCUGGCUGUCUGAUCAGAUUUAACUUGUUCAAUGUGUCAGCUGACCAGUACUGUAGUGCCAUGCAGGACACAGUCAUUGAUGCUAUGGAAGGGGUGGUUGACACACUGACCCGUGAUGACCCCACCAUACAGAGACGGGUCGCCACCUACGGAAACUCUAACCCACUGGUACCAGGAGAUUGGGUCCAGAUUCUCAGAAACGCACCCACUCCAACAACUGCACAGGACACAACUGUUACACAAGAAGGCCCAAAGUGCACCAUUUCUAUGGGAAUGCACACAGAAAUACUGUAUGCCAACACUGGGGCACUAGCCAACCCCCAGCCCAAGAUAAUUGGGGUCUCAUUUAAAUACGAGCCCAAACAAGAUAUCAUCUACACGUGUGCAGGAACGCGCUGUACGGCCGGAAACACUGACGUUGAUCAGUCGUAUGAAGUCCGACACUCUGUGACCUUUAUUGACGCCUCCCAACCUGCCACAGGAUAUGUAGGGGAGCCACCGGUCUUCCUGGCCAAAGUGCCAUAUGAUUUUUUUUAUCCCUUUAUCAGCAGCUCUACACGAACAGGACUCUCAAGUUAUCUGUACCUGGUUAUAUUCAUCUUCUUGUGUAGCAACGUUUUAUCAUAGUGGUUGUGAUUUAUAAACAUUUAUAUACAGUGUAUAUGCAUUCAAUGUCGGGAUCUACUUGCAGUGUGUGAAAAUUAAACAUUGAUAAAUGAUACAUCUUUUUGUGAAAAAUUUCCCAAAUUCACUAACACAUGUAUGAAGCAUACCAGUUGUUUUAGUAAUAAUUGUUUAAAUUACAAAGAAGUCCCUCUGUACAUUCUACAGUAUCUGUAUAAUUUAUACUUGUGCAAAAAAAGGGAAAAAAUAGUUUAUUUACCAGAAUUUAUUUCGUUUCGGAUGAAUUUGCAGAUUUGACUCAUUGAAAUAAAUAUGAAACAGAUUGUUUAGCCCUAAUAUAGACCAUUUGGUCAGUAGUAAAUGGGCAUGUACACCAACAUGUUCAUCCAUCUCUAUAUUCACUGACCCAUAGAAAUGGUUUCCAUAGAAAUGGUCUGUACCUGUAUUUAAUUUAUUUACACAUGGGGUGGAAAAUACUGGUUGUAUUUUUGUGAUACUGAUUUAUAAUUGCAGAAUUUUUAAUAUUUUUACAAGAAACAUAGGAUAUUAUGAUAAUUAUUUAUAGCCUUGAGUAAUCAUGUGUGCAAGUUAAGCAGAUGGAGGUGAAGUGUGAAAGACAUUGGAAGUUAGUGCUAGAUUUUGAUAUUGAAAUGAAUGUAGAUUAAGAGGGUUUAAUUGCUUCAGACUACUUCUAUUUGUUUCCUGAAAUGUUCAUAUCAAAAAUACUUUUACUGUUCAAAUUAGUUUCAAAAAUACUAGUACAGACAGAAUGCUUCCAGAAUGUGGAUGUUUUACGUUGCAACUUCUGUAGUUUUUGGAUAAAUUAGUGUGAUGAUUUGGCCAUGUACAUAUAUCUCCAGUUUGAAUAAUCAAAAACCUUUGAAAAUCAGUUUAAAUGAUAUUAAAUAUAAUCUCAUUUUAUGAAUGGAAACAAUCUCAGAAUGAAUGAUGUAUGCUUUUCAAUUUAUGUAAGAAACUGUGACUGUCUUCUUCCGUCCAUAUAAGUAACUGUGUUUAAUGUUUUCCUUUUAUUCUGUCCAAGAACUACAUGUUAGUGUUGAAAGUUGUGUUGCAUAUAGUUAUAUAUAUACUAUGCAGAACACUCUUUUGUUAUGUGUGCAAGCAAGUUAUAUAUAUAUUUUUUUUUGUAGUUAUAAAUGGUAUGUGAAUGGCAAAACGUGAAAGUUAAUUAGUAUAUCAUUAUGCUGAUUUUUUAAAAAAAAAUAUUUCAAACUAGAAAUAAAAGAACAGGAAAAUUU